AGCCUUUAGCAAUAGAUUGAUUAUGUAUUUCAUUAUGCGAUUCAUUGCCACAAACCAGUGUCCACUGUCCAGUGUUAGUUUGCAGCGACGGGUAGCCUUUUAUCGAUCCCACGUUAAAAACUCAUUCUACAGGUGUCGUGCGGUCGCGUGUCCGAUGUAAAGUCGAGACUUUGCUACGAUAUCAGAAGUUCUGAACACAAUUCUCGUAUACCGAGACUGUCAUUGCAGUACUCCGUCACGAUGAGAUGGUCGACAGAGACAUGUCUAAGCGCAAUCCUACUCCUGCUGGUAUCGUCGGCGGUGGACGCUAGUUUUUGGGACACCAUUCCAGUGGUGUCGCAAUUAAAGUCGGCCGUGCAGGCGAUCGCCGGCGACUUGGAAGCGGCGCGGCAGACGCAAAUCAACUUCGCCAACCAGAUGCCGGUGGUAUCGCAGAUCAAGUCGGCCGUGGAGGCGGCCACCGGUGACGAGCAGGCGGCCCGCCGCACGCAGAUACACUUUUUGAAAAACGCAGAGACACUGGUAGACGGUACGCCGGUGGUCGGCCACAUCAAGGGCGGCAUACACAUGUUGGCCGGCGACAAGGAACGCGGGCUGGACAUCAUCCGGGGCGCGACCAGCACCACUGGCGCCGUUGUCGGCGGCGUGCUGGGCGGACCGGCUGGUGCGGUCGCCGGUGGCCUGGCCACGGACUUAAUAACAACGAACAUAGAUACGGCGGUCGCGGCCGCUAACGACGACGACCCGCAAAUCAAGCCGUACGGCAUGGUCGAUUAUGUGAUGAACAUCGACAAGAAGUCCGUCGGCGAACACUUUGACGUGAUCACGGGCAUGGGCGCGGAUGUGGCAGGCGGCACGAUGGCGAAAAAAAGCAGUGGCGGUGGCGGCAAAUCGUCCGCUGCGACGAAACCGAACAAGCCGCCGCGAACGACUACCGCCGAUCAAUCAAAACCCAUAACGUUUGGCGCCGGAGAGGGCAGGCGAACGCAACCGGGCGUGACCACCAUCGUCAGGGAUGGUGUAGAGGUACACGCCAACAGUGUGGUGAUCAAGGACGGGAUGGAGGUGAACAAGUUCGAACUGGAGGUAGACCGGCCGGUGCAGGUACUGGACGACGCGGCCGAGUACGAGGCGCUCAGGCCCAAGCCCGGCGACAAACCAUUCAUGUCGGUCGCAGUCGACCUGGACAGCCCCAUGGUCGAGCGGAACCUGCACCCGGCCCAGUUCGACAAGACGGCGCUGGAAGUGUCCCGUCUGGGGGGCGGCGGCGACGGCCGACGGUGGUUCACCCCGUUAACCGGCCUGGACGUCAAGUACCUGGACCGGGUCCGUCAAGUGGACUUCCGCGUCAUCAAUGACGUGGGCGGCACGACCAACUGCUACUUCUGCACUGCGGCCGCGUUCAAGGGGUGCUCGGUGAGCACGCUAACGACCGCCUAUCGCAUCAAGCCCAUGAGCGUCUGGAACGCCGCGUCCGUGGCCACCAUGGUGGACGUGUUCAAGCGGAUCGGGCUGUCAGGCACCUCGUUCCGCCAGUUCGCCGACCGCACGGCCUACGUCCACUCUGAUGGUGGCCACGUGGUCUCGCUGCGGGCGUGGAAGGAUUCGUCGUCAAGCUCGCCCGUCAGCACUCUGAUCGCGGACUACCAGGCACCAUUGCCCGGCAGACCGUUUUCGGACCGGUUCAAAGCGUCCGUGCCGGCGUCAAACAAUUACUUCCUGUUCUCGUUCGAAAAGGAAUACUUCAACACAGAACCGUUCAAUGGUAAGAAACUCAGCGGCGACAACAGCAUCAAACGGUUGGCGACGACCGACAUCGAGAGCCCAGACGUCGCGAAGCGUAAACUCGAGUAGGUAAAUCGACACUUGGAUCACAUAGGUAUACGCACAGUGCCGCAACUAUAGCGGUGGGACUUACAAUUAACAAAAUAAUUUAAUAUUUAUUGACAUUUAUAUUAUAUAACAACUCUAUUGCAGCUUAUCAGUUAUAAUUUCCAAUAGGAAAUCGACAGUUUAAUGUCCGAAAUGUAGUUGCACAUAAUUGUUUAAAAGUCUCAAAAAAUGAUUUUAAUUUUAAUGAUUUAAAAAAAGUUGUUGAAAACCAUAUCUAUCCAAAUUUAUAUAAGCUGUUACAAAUUGCAGUAACAAUACCUGUAAGUUCAGCUACAUGCGAACACUCAUUUUCCUCAAUGAGGCGUAUAAAAAAUUGGUUAAGAAGUAGUAUGGGACAAGAAAGAUUUAGUUAUUUAUCUAUUUUAUGUAUAGAAAGAGACAUUGCUAAUAUAAUUGACACUCAGGUUAUUGUUGAUCAAUUUUCAAAAAAGGAUAUGUUAUAUAAAAUAAUAGGUAUAUAUGAUAAAAUAAUUAUUUUUACUUUUUUUAUUUAAUAUAAUUUUGUUUAAAAACAUUAUUAUUAUUUAUAAUAAUCAAUACUUUUUAUUAAUAAAUAGGUGUAUUUUUUUAA